GACCAAAAUACAAGCAAACAAAAUAAAAGCCAAGAAAAUGAUCUCAUUUCGUAAAAAUAGUAAAUUUCUUCUUCUUUCAGGCUUCUUCAUUCAAACAAGAUCAAAUCUUUUCAAAUUUAUUCAGCUUCUUUUACAAUGCAAACAUGAUGCUCAAGAUCCAGCUUGCUCAACUUUGAUUCCAGCACCCUUUUUAUUUCUCUGGAAUAUUCCUACCAGAUGGGCGAACAGGGCCAGACAUACACUUUGGAUGAGGCACUUGAGACUGUUGGUUUUGGAAAAUUCCAAAUAUUUGUUCUUGGUUAUGCUGGGAUGGGCUUGAUUGCAGAAGCCAUGGAAAUGAUGCUGCUCUCUUUUGUGGGUCCAGCAGUUCAGUCUGCUUGGGGUCUUUCUCCUCGCAAGGAGAGUUACAUAACCAGUGUGGUCUUCGCUGGCAUGCUUGUUGGAGCUUACACAUGGGGUAUUGUUUCAGAUAAGCACGGAAGAAGGAAAGGGUUCCUCAUUACGGCAAUGGUUACUGCUGGAGCGGGUUUCCUAAGUGCUUUUGCUCCAAACUAUAUUUGCCUGAUCAGUCUCCGUUGUCUGGUUGGUCUUGGUUUGGGAGGUGGUCCUGUACUAUCAUCUUGGUUUUUAGAGUUUAUCCCUUCUUCAACUAGAGGCACUUGGAUGGUUGUAUUUUCAACAUUCUGGACAUUGGGUACAAUUCUUGAGGCAUCACUUGCAUGGUUUGUAAUGCCAUCUUUAGGGUGGAGAUGGCUUCUUGCACUGUCUUCUCUUCCUACAUCAUUGCUUCUUGUGUUUUAUGUACUGACUCCAGAAUCACCAAGAUAUUUAUGCUUACAAGGAAGAAGAGACGAAGCACUUGUUAUUUUGAAGAAAAUAGCCAAACUUAACCAGACAAAGCUUCCUCCGGGUAUACUUGUUUUGGACCAACAAAUCGAGCUACAAGAAACCUCUUCUGAAGCAGAAGACAAGCACCUGCUCACACCAAAAACUAUGGAAAGUGCAUCGAACGAUGAAAGCAGUAAAAUGGAAAAAAAAACUGAAUCAUCUGUACUUACUCUCCUUUCACCUGAGUUACUUAGGUCGACCUUGCUCUUAUGGGUUGUCUUUUUUGGUAAUGCAUUCUCGUAUUAUGGACUAGUCUUGCUGACAACAGAGUUACAUAGUGAACAUAGCACUUGUAAACAAACUCAGUUAAAAUCAAAUGAUUCGCAGGAUGUUAACUACAGAGAUGUAUUUAUCACUAGUUUUGCAGAGUUCCCGGGCCUUCUUGUAGCAGCAGCUACAGUCGACAGAAUGGGUCGUAAGUUCUCAAUGUCGGCAAUGUUCUUUCUCUGUUGCACCUUUCUGCUACCAUUGGUAUUCAAUCAACCGCAAGGCAUUACAACAGGUCUUCUCUUUGGAGCUCGUAUAUGCAUCACGGCAACCUUUACAGUGGUCUAUAUAUAUGCUCCAGAGAUAUAUCCUACGGCAGUUAGAACAACAGGGGUUGGUGUGGCUAGCUCGGUAGGAAGAAUUGGAGGAAUGUUGUGCCCUCUUGUGGCGGUAGGAUUGAUACAUGGCUGUCAUCAAACUUCAGCCAUACUUCUAUUUGAAGCUGUUAUAUUUCUUUCCGGGGUAUGUGUGUUGCUUUUCCCAUUUGAAACCAGUGGACGUGAAUUGACAGAUUGUGUUCCUCCAGAAAAAGGGAGCACACAGCCAACGUAAUGCCAACUUCUGUAGUUUCAUACAGAUAAUCAGUAGUCUUUUGUACACAUUCUUCCCAUAUUUUGAAUUGGAAGGAACCAUACACACCACACCUACACAUUUACACCUUAGCGUCUUUUUGGUAUAAUACAUCAAUUCCUUAGUUUGUACCAAGUAUAGUUGUAGCAGAAAUUUCUUUUUAACGCCCAUUAGUUGAUUUUACGAUAGGCAUUCUACAUCACAAUCUAUAGCUUCAUACUUAUUCGAGUUUUUGCUUUUGUAUGAAUAGCAAUAUCUGCUUCUUUUAAUAAGUCUUCUCGUGUGUUGGCUUCUAUGAA